AUGGCCAUUCACGACUCAAGUCAGGAGUUUAGACUGCUGGUAGAGGAAAAGCGCAAGGAGCUCCCGCCAAACAAGCGACGGAGGCUCUCGCGCCCAUCGCACCGCGUUCCGGGCGAGGCGCAGCGUGAUGGCGCGACACCAUUUAUGCAGGAAUAUAUGCGAGAAGCGCACACCAUCUUGACCCAUAUCGGCACUCUCGGCCGCAUGCUCUCGAACAUACGCAAGCCCUACUUGGAUGUACAUGCGCGUCCACCGCCAUUGACCCGGCAAACGCGUGUACUCGAUCCAGCCGAUGAGAAGGCAUGGUCGGAUGUCAAGUAUCUGUCGAACGAGGAGCGCGACCAGAUCGACAUGCAGGCUCGCAUCGUCUUGUCUAAGUGCGCGGAUCGUGUCAAGGAGAUGGAGGCGUUGGAGAAACGAAGAUCUGAACUUGUUGCGCAGGAGGCCAACCCUCUCAUGAGGCUAUUGCCGGCACGGCUGAAGGCCGAGUCGUCUUCCGCUGUUUCCGACUUCGUCGCCGCCCAUAACUCUGGGGUGACAUGGUUUCUCACCCGACGCCUUGCCGAAACGAGCCAAAACUUGAGGGAGAUGCAGGAGGAGCGGGUGCGCCGUCAGACCGAGCGGUCACGUACCUUGGGUUCUGGCGCUGGACGAGAAGCGGCGUAUAUGAGCAUUGGCGAGCCCUCGCCCAUGUCAGAAGCAUCAGGCCCAUCCGGCGGAUGGCUCGGAAACGCAUCAAGUCUCGCUAGUAGUUGGAUCACCGGCACACCGAGCUCGGUGCCAUCGUCCCUGCCACCAGAAGCUUUCGACCUUUCAUCGGACGAAGAUGAGGACGAUGUCGAGCUCUCCGCCUCGCAGAUCCAAUUGUUUGAGGCAGAGAACGCCGCGAUUCUUCGCAAUGUCGAGGACACGCUGGCAGCCGUUCAACAAGCUGAAGCACGACUGUUGGAGAUUGGGGAGUUGCAAGUCGAACUUGUCAACCAGCUCACGCGGCAGACGGAGCUCACGGAUCAACUGUACGAGGAUGCGGUUGCUAGCGCGGAGUAUGUUGAGACGGGCAACGUACAACUACGUGAAGCUCGACGGCGAGCAGCGGACAGUCGCAAGUGGAUCUUGCUGUUCCUGAUUGGCGCAAGCCUGUCCUUACUCUUCCUACAUUACUAUUGA